UUCUACUCAACCAACAACAUGUACAAUUCCACUUUUUGACUGGUGACAGACCCACAAUUAUCUCAGUUUUGACCUCUCUGAAGAUUAAGCAAAAUAACACUUCGUUCGUUCGUACUCUAUGAACUCGCUGCUGACCUCCUCCACAUCCUUAGCCCUGCCGUGUGCGAUACCGAUCGUCUUCGUCAAUUUCUUAAGUUCUUUUUGUUCUCCAAUUCAUGGUGGUACCAACGAUUUAGCUACUGAAGUUUAGAAAGCCCCCAAUUUUUGUUUUCGUUUUAGCGUUUCCCGAUCUGUGAAUUGGGUAUCAGCUCCAAAGGUUUAAUGCCCAGUAAAGUUAUCGAGGACGAGAGUUUAGGGGUCUUACAGUGCGAGUGAAUUUAGAUUAAAAGGUACAAACUUUACCUUUUGGUCGGAACUGGGAAGAGGGGGAAUCGGACAUGAUUCAGUUACUAUUCCUGGUUCUGUUCGUAGAAGGUGCGAUUGCGUUCUUACUACUGGUAAAGAUUGGUCCUUUAAGGGAGCUUGUAAUGAAGAGCUUAGACCAGCUUAAAUUGGGGAAACGUCCUGCUACUCUGAAAACCAUCGCUGGAACCAUGUCUGUGAUCCUCCUGUCGAAUCUCAUGAAUAUCAUUAAGAUCCAGAACAAGGGUGCCAAACUUGGGACAAUGUCUCCAAUGGAUCAAGUCCUCUGGAGAACACACUUGCUCGAGGCUUCUCUUAUGGGUGUUGUGCUCUUUUUUGGCUUCAUUAUUGACCGGACACAUCAUUACCUCGAAAAGCUAAUCACUUUAAGAAGCAAUGUCGGGUCAUCGAAAGGAGAACUAGAAGAACUUAGGAAGGAGAGAAUCGAACUGAAGGAGAAAGAAGAGAAGACAUCCAAGGAAAUUAAGCAGCUGAAAGAAAAACUGUCGUGUGUUUCAGAGAAUCUCAAGAAACUAGAGAAGGAAUCCAAAGAGAAAGAAACGAAGCUCGAAACAGCUGAAGCCCAUGUCACAGCUCUCCAAAAGCAGUCUUCAGAGCUAUUGUUGGAGUAUGACAGAUUGCUAGAAGACAACCAAAAUCUCCAAAGCCAGAUUUUGGUUGGAACCAAGAAAACCUGAAGUGAUUUAAGAUUCUUAAGAGCUCUUUGAUAGAGUUUUAGAGUGUUUUGUGAACGAAUGCGGAAAUGGUAAGUGGCAACCAAGGAAUUCUUGUACUCGUUUUUUUUUUGCGCUCUUGGUUCCUACCCAUUGAUGCUGUCUUCCAAAUAUUAUAAUGUUACGUAAAUUAACAACAUCAGUAAGAAGCCAUCUAAACAAUGAA